GAAUACAAGCAAAGUUCACAAAGGUAAAACCGACGUUUUGCUGACCCUAAAAACAGACGAGAGCAGGGGAGAGCAAGGGAGAGGACAGGAGAAGGUGGAGUGAGGGCAGAGAGGAGAGAGAGAGGGAGAGAAGGAAGAUCAGAGAGCAGAGGAGGGGUGAGCGUGCAUCGCCAGACGCCUCGUGGCACAGCUCCCAGAGAGCAGCAGCAGCAGCAGGAGGAGGAGGAGGAGGAGAAACCUGGUGACGAGGUUGGCCGUGAUCGUCUCAAGUUCCACCUGCGGACUGACACCGACAAGUUCGACCCCAGCCCACGGGACCCUACCCCCUCAGCGUCGUCAUCGCCACCACAGCCACCUGCGAGUCGCAGCGCCACACCCACCGACAGCCCGCGGUUCAGAACAGGUGCAGCAGCAGCACCAUCACCACCAUCAUCAUUACCACCAUCGCACACCACCACCAUCACACACCACCACCAUCACACACCACCACCAUCGCACACCACCACCAUCACACACCACCACCACCACCACACGGACAGGAGAGCGAGCGAGAGGAACAUCCCCGAGUUCACGUUCCAGGCGGCGGCACCUUGAACGAGCCAGGGCUGCGUGUCGCCACGCCAGCUGCUGCACCACCUAGACCCAGCGCCACCCAGCGCCACCAUGCGGGACAUCCAGAAGUACGACGCCAAGCCCACGGUGGAGUUCAACCACUACCUGCCGCACGGCGCCGCCGCCUCGCCGCACGUGCCCGUGCCCCUGCGCAAGAAGCGAGGAGGAGAGAGGUCCCAGGCGGUCCGACAGAGCUGGACGGCGCCUCCGCAGAAUGCCGAGGCGCCGCGCAUGGGAGACAGGAGCCGGAGCAUGAGCGACGUGCGUGGCGGCGACGGCGGCGUGAGCCUCGACAUCGACGACGAGCUGGAGGAGAUGAGCCCCGCGGAGUUGGCGCGCCGCACGGCGGAGCAGAAGCAGCAGUACGAGGAGCUGAAGCAGUCCCGGCAGCACGAGCCGCAGGAGAGCGACUACGCGUGGCAGAGUAGCCUGGCGGCUUGGAAGUCCCGGAGGAUCGGUUCCAGCGAGAAGCUCCUCCAGCAGCAGAGCGACAAGCCCGCCAAUUCCAACGGCAACGUGCGGCUCUACCGAUCCGGCGGCGGUGACGAUCGUGGUGGCGAUCGUGGUGACGAUCGUGGUGGCGAUCGUGGUGGCGAUCGUGGUGGCGAUCUCGUCGACGGCCGCGGGGGCGGCGGCCGCGGCGGCGGUCGCAGUGGCUUCUAUGGCAACAACGGCGUCGAUGAUGAUAACGAUGACGACGAUGAUAACGACGACGAUAACGACGACAAUGCCGUCUACUCGUCGUCGCGGGGCGGCGUGAGCUCCCUCCGUCGUCCGCAGGCGGCGCGGGACUACGAAGAGGGCACGGAGAGGAGGAGGGAGACGGUGGACUCCGGGCAAACGAAGAGGAACCUCGUAACGGCCUCGUCGCAGCCAUCCGUCGCCCUGCCCAAAUCAACCACCGUGUUCAAGGCCUACGCAGAGGCACCCAAGCCUAGCCCCUCGCCUAACGUGCCAGUGCAGCCUAGGAUCAGCGAAGCCAAGCCAAGCUUGCCUGCGAGCCAGGCCUCAAGGAUGGCUCCGGCCGCACAGUGGGACAGCGUGCAGUCCCUGCCCCGUGGAUUCAAGGCGGAGACGGUGACAUCCUUCAACCGCCCUCUGGAAAAACCCUCGGACUCUCAAGUGGAGUCAGUGAAGAGCUACAACCGCACCGUGCAGGGCUGGAAGGCGCUGGAGGCACAAACCUCGAAAGCGGCACCCACCACCAAAGCGACCACCGCCACCACCAUCACCAAAGCGGCACCCACCACCAAAGCGACCACCGCCACCACCAUCACCAAAGCGGCACCCACCACCAAAGCGACCACCGCCACCACCACCGUCACCAAAGCCACCACCACCACCAAAGCCACCACCUACAACAACACUGGUUACAAUAACACCGCCUCCAACAACACCGCCUCCAACAACACCGGUUACAACAACACCGCCACCACCACCGUCACCAAAGCCACCACCAAAGCCACCGCCUACAACAACACUGGUUACAACAACACCAGUUACAACAACACCGCCUCAACCACACGCAAGAGCUACGGCUCCACCAGAGCCUGGGGGGAUGAUGACGACGAGGAGGAGGAGGGGCCGUGGCGACCACCGCCGCCAGUGGCACCGCCAACGGCACUGCCGGUGGCACCGCCGGCGGCGCCGCCGCGGCGAGUCGCCUCUCCGCCCACGCCACCACCGAGGAAGUUCGACAGCUCGGCGGUGGCGGUGAACCGGCUGAGUCGGCGAUUGCCGCCGCCGGUGAUGACGAACGCACCUCCCGCCGCCGCCGCCGCCACCACCACCCUGGUGUCUCCCGUUGGCAAGACAACCUCCUUGGUUACCGUGACACUCACCAAAUCGUCGCCGCCUCCCUCCGUCGCGUACCAGGGAUUCGGCGUCUCCGAGACGCGCGCCGUCACCUCGGACAAGCCCAGCCGCCCCGUCCUGCCCGCCGAGCCCGCCAAGGUGCUGCCCCCCCCAAGCGUCGGCGCCACCCAGAAAGUGAGCAGCACGAGCAACGGAGAAGUUUCCGGCAGGAAGAAAAACCAGUGGCGGAAUGCGGAGUUCUUCGGAUUUUCCGAAGACAACGAUGAUGUCAUGGUUGACCAUGAGGCCGAGCGGAAGCAGCGGGAGGAGGCGGAGGAGGAGGAGCGGCGAUGGCAGGAGCGUCGCAGACUGGAGGGGGCCGUGUCUUGGGGGGCAUCGAACCACGCGGCUUCCGGCGGGGGGAGUCGCAACGGAGUCGUCGGUGGGGGGCCCGCGGCGGGGGGCCACGCCGGGGGGGCUGCGAGCGACGGCGAGGAUGCGGAGGAGGUGGAGAAGAUGAAGAGGGAGAUCGAGGAGGAGGAGCGGCGGUGGAACGAGAGGAAGAGGCUGGAGAGGACCUCGUCCUCCAGCAGCCCCACCAAACCCGGCCCCUGGAGUCCGACCGUCGUUCCGGGCAGUGCCGAGCAGCGCUCCCCGAACCUCCUCACCACCACCGUCACCACCGACGACCGCCGCUCGGCCAGCCUGCCGCGACAGUCUUCUCCGAGUGCGAGCAGCUACAACCCCUACAUCUCCCUUGGCAGAAACCGCUCCAUGGGCUCCGCGGGCUCCGUAGGCUCCAUGGGCUCCUCGCACCGCAGCCCCACCUACUCCUACCGCGACGCCAGCCAGCGCCCCUCCUCCUACCGCAGCAGCAGCAGCUCCUACGGGCGGCAGACGCUCAGCCCCAACUACCACAACUUCUCCAGCAGCUCCGGCGGCGGGCUACGGCGGCAGCAGCGGCGGCGGCGCCAGAUUCGGCUCCGGCAGCCCGAGCUACAGCGCGACGUACAGCGUCAACUACGGCACGACCAGAAGCCCCGGCUAUGGGUCCAGCCACGGCGGCUACGGCGGCGGCGGCGGUGGCUACGGCGGCAGCGGCUACGGGGGCGGCAGCGCCAGUUACAGCGCGGCGAGAAGUCCCACGCAGACGACGGCGAGAAGCCCCGGCUACGGCGGCACGAGCUUCGGAGGGGGGUACGGGGGCGGCGGUGGUAGCAGCUCGCUCGGCUCUGCCUACUCGUCGCUGUCGGGGUACGGCGGAACCAGCUACAGCCCGGCCAAGAUCGCGGGCGAGAAGAAGGAGUGCGGGAGCUGUGGCAACGCCAUCGGCAACGGGGCGGCCAUGUUCAUCGACUCUCUCAACCUCUUCUUCCACAUCGACUGCUUCAAG